AUGCGCACUUCACCACCCUGUAUGGAUCCACAGUUGUUCCCAGGCCACCAAGGAGACCAGACCAUGUUUCGCAUCAACAUGGCAUUAUCUGCGCUGCUGAUGCUGGCCUGUCUCGGCUCCAGUCACGCCUGGGGUGGCCUCUUCAACCGCUUCAGCUCUGACAUGCUCGCCAACCUGGGGUAUGGGAGAUCCCCCUACCGUCACUAUCCCUAUGGGCAGGUUGAACCAGAAGAUAUAUACGCGGAGGCUCUAGAAGGGAAUCGUAUAGAAGACGCUGAAGACACCCACUGCUACAGCUCUCCAUGCAUCACUAAUGGAGACUGCUGCAGAGGCCUCAUGUGCCUAGAGACAGAGGACGGUGGACGAUGCUUGCCAGCAUUCGCUGGGCGCAAACUGGGUGAAAUUUGCAACAGGGAGAAUCAAUGUGACGCUGGACUGGUGUGUGAAGAAGUUGUGCCAGGAGAAAUGCAUGUAUGUCGUCUCCCAUCCGCCGGCCGUAAGCAAUACAAUGAAGACUGCUCAACCUCAAGCGAAUGUGACAUUGGCCGAGGUCUUUGCUGCGUCAUGCAACGUCGUCACCGACAGAAACCACGCAAGAGCUGUGGAUACUUCAAGGAGGCUUUAGUCUGCAUAGGACCCGUAGCGACUGACCAAAUUCGCGAGGUCGUCCAACAUACCGCUGGCGAAAAACGUAUCGGGGUGUACCGGAUGCAUUAA